AUGGAUGAUUCUGACCGUUCAAGAAAGGCCCAACGCCCCGAAGAUCUAGAUACAUUGCUUGCUCGGCUCGAGGUUCAAGAGCAAAUCAUCCAGGAACAAAAAGUGGAACUCGCCUCCAAACAAAAAGAGGUUACUGAUCUCCGAUCCGUUGGUGAUAAAUCAAGUACUAUUCAAUCAGGCUCUGUCAAUAUGAAUCGCGAUUAUUCGUCGGCCUUCGACGGACGUCACGGAGGCAUGAACAGCUCUCCAGGAAACCGUGUUGGUUUGUAUGAGUCGGGUGAUGACGACUUCAUUCAGGAACAGGUCAAUAAGCAUACCUUUGCCCAAGCAGUUGAUGCCGAUUUCUACAAUGAUGAAGGAGUCUCCCUUCAGUUACCAAAUGAUGGAGGUAAUAAUGCCCCGAAUUUCUUCCGCCACUCUCCCCUCCCCCGUGGUCAAGGUUACUCUAGCUCUCCUAUGUGGGACCAAAAGCCAAAAUCUGUUCCGACAGGAUCAAACGGGCUUCUUGCUCCUCCAUACUGGCAACCGAACCCCGGCCAGGGUUAUAACCGACCAGCUCCAGAACAAGAUCCUGUUCAAGACUGGAAGGCUGGUAGUAACGACUAUCGUCGAGGUCCUUCUGGACCACCCAGCGGUUUCCAUACCACGCCCGUCCGUCAAGGGUUCUCUCCGAGUCCUCUUUCCCCGCCGUUUGUUCCGAAUGGCUCAGCCGCGACCUGGAACUCGGCCCCUGGCCCAAACACUCCAUCCAGCUCGAUGAACAGUAUCUCCUUGUCCAGUGGCUAUGGAGGAUCAAUGCCAUAUACCGGUGGGUAUCCCCAGCCCAGCCACGGAGAUUAUUCGUCCGGGUUCAGAGGAAACCACAAUAACUGGUCGAAGUCUUCCAAUUCAUCGCCGACCCAACCAUUAGGUGCUAAUCUGUACGGAAACUCUACGGAGUCUCCUAACUGGAAGAGAUUGAUGGAACGAGGCGUGGCCUGCGAUUGGGGCUAUCUUGUCGACAGGGUCGUCAUGCAGAAUGACCAAGGAGCAUCCGUGUUCCUUCAACAUAAGCUUAAAGAUUUUGAUCACCCUGAACACAAAAUUGAAAUCAUCAACGCUAUUGUUGACAAGGCAUUUCCCCUCAUGACCAACCGUUUUGGUAACUUCCUUGUUCAACGUUGUUUUGAAUACGGCGAACCUUAUCAUGUUGAGGCCAUGAUGAAACUGAUAAAGAACCGAGUCGUUCAACUAAGCAUGGAUGCUUUCGGAUGCCAUGUGAUCCAGCGUGCUUUGGACACUGUCCCAGAACCUUUCAAAGUUAUGAUCAUCCAGGAGCUCUUGCAUCGCAUCCCCGAGACUGUCAUGCAUCGAUAUGCCUGCCACGUCUGGCAAAAGCUGUUCGAGGUUCGAUGGGUUGGAAACCCACCCCAAGUCAUGAAAUUCAUGAACGAAGCUUUGGCAGGUAUGUGGCCUGAGAUCGCUAUGGGUGAAACCGGUAGCUUGGUGGUCCAGAACAUUUUCGAGAACUGCCUAGAAGAGGACAAGCGACCUUGUGUCAAUGAAGUUCUCGCCAACCUUGACAUGAUCGCCCGAGGACAAUUUGGAAACUGGUGUAUUCAGCACAUAUGCGAGCACGGUGCCCCAAGGGAUCAAAGCCUUGCUCUCGAUAUGGUUCUUCACAAUGCUGUCGAAUAUAGCAUGGACCAAUACGCCAGUAAGGUCGUUGAGAAGUGCCUGAAGUCUAGUGUCGCUCCAGGGUUCCUUGAACGUUAUCUCGAGCGUGUUUGUGAGGGACGCCCUGAUCGCCCACGCCUUCCUAUCAUCGAUAUCGCUAGCGAUCAAUAUGGCAACUACCUGAUUCAGUUGAUCCUUGGAACGGCUCCAAUGCAUCAGAGAGAGUUCGUAGCCGGCCAUAUUCGAAAGCACAUGGUGUCUCUUCGCGGGAGCAAAUUCGGAUCCCGUGUCGGAAUGCUCUGCAUCAACAACAACUUUGCCAACUUCUCCAGCCAACCAAGCCCCAAUCCCAACCGCAGUGGGGCUGGUCAUGGAGGUCAUAUGCACUCUGGCGGCGGUGGUCAUCGGAGCCAUUGGAAAGGGUAUCGUUAA